AUGGCAGGGGACGGCCGAAUACCGCCGAAGCUCACGCCGACGACGCUGCGCCUUGUCACGUUCAACGUCAAUGGCAUCAAGACGCUCAAAAACUAUUUUCCCUGGACGCUUGUGUCGAACUACUCUCAGAUGCUGAACAUGAUGAACGUCGACGUAAUCACGCUCCAGGAGCUCAAGGUGCAGCGGCCGGACGUCGAUCUGAGCAUUGCGGAUGUUGACGGCUACCGCAGCUUCAUCAGCGUGCCCAUCUCGAAGAAGGGGUACUCGGGGGUGGCCGUUUACGUGCGACGGCCGCGUGACGACGAGCCCGAGAUCGUGAAAAAGUGCCUCACGGUGGUCCGUGUCGAGGAGGGCAUCACAGGCGUCUUGCCGCACCGGAAAAAAACCGUCUCGUUCAAAGAGGCGUACAACGACCCUGCCCUUCGGCACACGUGCGUUGGUGGCUAUCCCGACCACAAAAACAUGCACGACAAGUUCCGCAAGCUCGAUAGCGAGGGCAGGUGUGUGAUUAUCGAGCUCAACUUCAACAUCGUCGUGAUCAGCGUCUACUGUCCGGCCAACAGUCUUGGCACCGACGAGGGAGAGGGGUUCCGGUUGCUGUUUCUGCGGUGUCUUUUUGAGCGGGCGCGCAAUCUGCGUGCUAUGGGCAGAAAAGUGGUCGUCAUGGGCGACAUCAACGUGUGCGUCGAUCUCAUCGACAGCGACGAUACCGUCAAGCAGGGCUUCAAGGAGCGCCGAUUGGUGAAAGCGCAAGACUUCCGCGACUUUGAGACGCUCAACGCGGAGCAGGUGCUGGCUUUCAAGCACUCUGCUCCCCAUCGCGAGCUCGUGAACGAGUACGUCAAGGACACCACAGGGAUGCGGCCGGACACCGGCACGCACAUUCUGCACGACGUCGUGCGCGAGAAGCAGGGCCGCCGGCUCAAGAUGUACACAGUCUGGAGCACGUUCAAGAGCAACCGGCCGCUCAACGUUGGCUCCCGCAUCGAUCUGAUCCUUGCUACGUCGCACCUCGCGCCGCUGGUCAGUCAGGCCGACAUCUGGCCGUUUCUGCACGGAUCCGACCACUGUCCGGUUCAUGCCGACUUUGAGCUGGCGGGCCUCGAGUUUUCGCCGGACGAAGACCGCUCGGCAGAGUGCGCGGCCAAAUCCAACUGGUUUGAGGCCAAGAACUUCUACGGGCUGCAUACCAGAGGCAGUAUCGAUAAGUUCUUCCGCAAGAGGGCGCCGAGCCCUCAGGAGACGGCAGACGAUGGACGAGAGGACGGUAGUGACAGCGCAACGCCCGGCUAUAGCUCCCGCAAACGGGCGCGCAGGGACCGGCCGGACCAGCUCUCUAUUUCAGACUUUUUCUUCAAGUCUGGCUCGUCUCCGCAGCCUGCCGAAGACAACAGGGCAAAAUCGAAAUUCUCCGCUCGCGACUUCACCGCAAUGCUUGGCCAGUCCGGCGCGUCCGCUCCUCGGUGCCGCCAUAGCGAGCCGUGCGCGCUGCGAACGGUCAAGACGGAGAAAAAUAAGGGAAAAAAGUUUUGGUGCUGUCCGCGCGCAACGCGCACAGUGUCGUGGCUGGCAGAGCCGCCACAGGGGACGGAGCCAGACGCCCCAGACGAGUACAACUGCGGGUUCUUCAAAUGGGCAAGCAAGUGA